AUGGCGGAUCCAGAGAAUCAAGACACUGAAAAGGCUCCAGGUCUUACCAAGGAGUACAUAAUCCCUGGAAUAAUCAAAUUUGUUGAAUUUGUAAGUUCCUUUUUAAUAGUAUAUUAUACAUACCCCAUACCAAGAGAAAUGCCCAUACUCAUAAGCUGACGUAAAAAGCCAAGCAAUUAAGCGUUUCUUUGCGAGCUAAGUCAGAGCUAAGCGAGAGUUUAACUGAGUACAAAUUUAAUUUUAACUAGCGAGUGGAACAGUGUAAGAGUUGAAAUAAGAUAAAAUACACCCCACGAUGUCAAACAAAAAAGCAAAAAACAAAACAAAAACAAAAAAAAAACGAAGAGAGAGAGAGAGAGAAACUGAGAGGAAAGAAAAGAAAAAGAAAAAUGUUGUUAGCUGCAAGCAAAAAGUGCUCCCUUCCAAGCUAUCUAGCCCUUGAAAGUUUUAACCGUUUGAGUUAUAAAAACUUUGCAGGAAAAAAGAAUUUGGUCUCCCAACAAUCGCAAGUUUGUCGGAUUUCUUUUUGGCUUGUUAUAUCUUUUUUCAUCAAAACAAACUCAACUCCUGCCUCUCUUUUACUCUAAAGACACAAAAUAUAUAGUAACGUAAAAUCUGCUAUUGUUUUAUAUAAGUCGUUACCAAAGCACCCUCUUGAAGCACCUUUCUUUCGACGUAGUUUAUGUUUUGUUCUUAUUCUUUUAGUUAUUGUUGAUGAUAGCGUUUUCCUUGGCUGCCGACUUUAAAGGUUCAAGUUCCUGGGGGCGGAUGGACUUUUUUCUCUUUGCCACCAUCACCUCGUGGCUCUUGGUUAUCGCCAGACUUGUUUCAUGUUGUUGUAUCGCCUUCGACGCGAUGACAACGAUAUUUACACUUGCAAUCGAUUCCACUAUAUGCGGGGACUUGCUGGUAAGAGUCUCAUAUUAUGAAAAAAAUUACAUGGUUGAAUACAGUGAUAACCAUCUCCCAGCUUUUUUGGUGUUAUCAUCUUAAUCACCUUUCCCACCAAUUCCAAACACCACCUGCUCACGGCACUUGGGACGAUAAUAGUAUACUAAGUUUCUGUAGCGACAUUUUGAGUGGUCCUUUCCAAUUUUAAAUUUGUCUCAAGAUCCCCCAUUGGCACCAAAAGCUUUGAAAGGAGUCAGUUUUCUCAUUACAUAUUAGAAAUGGGAAACAAGUUAUAUUGCUCGAAAUUACCAAAAAUUGUUAAGGCCAUUUACUGGAGGAAGUGCUCAUAAAACGUCCCGCAGGCGUUCAGAUAAUGGAGUGCGGCGCGAAGUAAGAGAGCGAGGGUUAAAAAAGGAAGGAAAGACGUCACCCUCUCGCUGUUUUUCCUGCACACAUCUUUUUGCGACGUCCCCACAAUCUGAACGCCUGCAACAGGCUGGCAAACAGAAUUAGCAUGUCACUGCCGCAUGCGAAUGCCCAAACUCAGGAAGGCAUAUUUUUGCGCCAGGAAUAAUGGGCAGCGUACUGUUCUUUGAUUUUUUUGGUCUUCAGUUCGUCAUUUUUGGAUACUUAGUCUACCUAGUUCCCUUAUAUAGAAACCAAAACACAGCUCGUUAAACUCUGUGACUUUCUUGAAAUUGCAUUGUAGGUGAUGAUCUUCGAUGCUGUUGUGGCAGUGUUUCUUUUGAUCAGUUCCUCUCUGAUAGCUGAUGAUGCCAGGAGAUGGAACGACAUUCAUGGUGGUUAUCGCCCGUCUGGAUUUUCAGUAGAUAAGCUGAUUGCAGCAGCG